GUGUUUAGCUCCUUUAGCACAACACAAAAUAAUACUACAUUGACAAUGUACUCCAAGGUCCUGUGCCUCGCCUCCCUCCUGGCCGUCGUCGCCGCCAACUAUGGGCACGGGCACGGCCACGCGUUCUCCUCGCAGCACAUCUCUCGCCACGACGGGCCCGCGCACGUCGUGCCCAUCCACGGCCACGGUCACCAUGGCCAUGACCACGGUCACGACCAUGUUGACUACUACGCUUACCCUAAGUACGAGUUCGAGUACAAAGUAGACGACCCGCAUACCGGCGACCACAAGACCCAGCACGAGCACCGCGAUGGUGAUGUCGUCAAGGGCUUCUACAGCCUGCACGAGCCCGACGGUUCCAUCAGACACGUCCACUACCACGGCGACAAGCACUCUGGAUUCCAUGCUGACGUGAAACACGAAACCCACCAUAUCAUUUUCGUAGUUGCUGCUACCCUAGCUGUGGCUGUCGCCCGGCCCCAACAGGGUCACGGACAUGACUCCCACCACCACGCCGUCUCCUCACAGCACAUCCAGCGCCACGACGUGCCCGGCAAGGCGCCCGAAGGUCACCACGACUACUACGCGCACCCUAAAUACGAGUUCGAGUACAAGGUGGAGGACCCGCACACCGGCGAUAAGAAGUCCCAGCACGAGUCCCGCGACGGCGACGUCGUGAAGGGCUACUACAGCCUGCACGAGGCUGACGGCACUGUCAGGAUUGUGCACUACACUGCUGAUAAACAUAGCGGAUUCAAUGCCGUUGUGACCCAUGAAGGUCAUGCCACGCACACUGUUCCAGCUCACCAUCAUUAAUUCUGUGAUAUUUAGAUAUACAUAAAUUGUUGACUUGUUCUAACGUCAUGGUACCUACCUACGUAAUUAAGUGUAAAUAUGUAAUAAACUAGAUUGUUUUAUAGA